AUGCCGCGAGGAACGCGCCGCCGGGCGCCGGACGAGGACGCGUCGCGGAAGCGCGCGCGCACCGGCGAGGACGAAGAGCUUUUUGACGAUGUGAGUGAGGAGGAAAUCGAGAGCGACGCGUCGUCCGACGAGUACGAGCCGGACGAGGCGCCACAGCCCGAGGAGGGCGAAGAGGUGGAAAUCGAGCAGGAGGGCUUUACGCGCCUGAUCAAUGCGUUUACCAACGAGCCCAGCGGGCGCAGCGAGCGCACAAAGAACUCGUGGAAUCAGUCGAUGGAAGCGGAGAUGGAGUCGUUUCACCACGAGCUCAGAGACGUCAACGGGUACGCGCGCAAACACAAGGCGACGCGCAUCCGCGAGCAGGCGCUAUCUCCCGAAGUCAAGGCGCUCCUUGCACAGGCCAACAUUGCGUACGUCGAGGCGAACCUCCCGGCGGCGAUCCGCCAGCUGGAGGAGGUGAUCCGCAUCGAACCGACUGUCAAGGGCGCUUGGUACACCCUCGGCAUGUGCUUUGAAGAGAUGGGCGAGGAGGAGAAAUCGAUCCAGUGCCGCAUCGUCGGCGCGCACCUCACAAGCAACGCGAGCGACGAGUGGAAGUCGCUCGCACGCCGCAGCAGGGAACGCGGCCUGUUCCAGCAGUCGAUCUAUUGCUUGCAGCAGGCGAUCAAGAAAAACCGAAACGACCUCGACGCGCUGUGGGACCAGGCCGUGCUGCUCAAGGACUCGGGACGCCAGCGCGCCGCUGUCGAGGCAUUCCAGGCGAUCCUCAAGAUUCAGCCGUACGACGCCGAGGUACUCUGCGAGCUGAUUCCGCUACUCGUGUCGCUCGGCGAGUACGACGUCGGAGUCGGCAUCCUCGAGGGGAUGCGCCGCGCAAGUAUGCACGGGGGGAGCUCGGACCCGAACCUCGAUCCGGCACUGCAAGAGCACGCGCCGCCGCCGGACGUUGCUUUUUCCUUGAACGAGCUCGUGACGCUCGCCGACCUGCUUCUCCUGCUCCGGCGGCCGCUCCAGGUGAUCCUCGUGAUCAAGCAGACGAUCCGCUGGCUGCGUGGCGAGGCACGCGAGGACCAACCGGAGGAUGCAGAGCACGACCUCGAACUCGACGACAGCGCGCAGCCACUCGAUCGCGAAGUGCGCCUGCGCCUCGGCAAGGCGCGCUUCAUGCUCAAGGACUACGACGAGGGCAAGCGCCACUUUUCCCUCCUCGCCGACGAGGCAGAGCCGGGCGAACAUCCGAUGCUCUUUCUCGAGAUGGCCGACUGCCUAUUUGAACACCAGCAAUACAGCAACGCCCUCGACUGGUACCGCACACUGGCCGACGAGGCGCUAGUCGACGAUGUCCAGCUGUACGUCCACAUGGGCAUCUGCUUCCAGCAGCUCGAUCGGCCCGCCGAGGCCGCGCAGGUCUACGAAUCCGUGCUCGAUGCGAAUCCGGACCACUUUGACGUAAAGCUCAGCCUUGCAGAGGUGUGCGAAGAGCUGGGGCUGCGCGACAAGGCGCUGCGGCUCGUCAACGAGGUCCUCGUGGCGCGCAACGAGCUGCGUGGCUCGAAUGCGGACCCCCUUGCGCCGCCGCUCCUGCCAAACAUGGACGAAGAGCAAGGGCCUUCGCUCUCGUUCUUCAACGAGGACGGCGCCGCACAGCCUGCGCCGAGCGGCUCGUCGCGCGUCUCGCGCUCGGGCCUGUCGUACCCCGAGCGCCAGCGCCUCGAGCAGCAGCGUGAGGAAGAGACGCGCCUGGCAUGGGUACAGCUCUCUGCGCUCGAGCCCCAGGUGUUUGUCGACGGGUUCUGGCAGCACGACUUUGUGUUCCUUGAUGGGCCCGUUGACGCGCCGGACGAGCCGCGUACGUCGUCAGGCGAAGUGCGCAAACGCUUCGACGCUACACGCCAGUGGAUGCAGGUCGCUGGGCGCCUCGUCGACUCGUUCCGGUCCAUGUCGCUCCUCUUCCCCAAAGAGCGCUAUACCAAGUACCGCGGUGUCGUACGCCCACGCCGCAACCGCCGCUCUAAGGCGUCAGACCUCGAUAGCCAUGCCGAGGCACUCUUGUCGCGCCUGCGAGACCAUCUCGUGGACGAGGCGUCGCCCGAGGCUGCCGAGCUCGCGCCCGAGCAGACCUCGUUCCGCACGAUCGACUUUGAUGACUGGGUCGCGCUCUUUAUGAAGUACGCCGUCGGCCUUGCCAAGCUCGGCGGUGAAGAAGAGGCGAUCCACGACAUGUUUCGCCAUAUUAUGGUCUCGAAUACCGUGUGGCCCUCGGAAGAACGCAAAAUGGCGCUGCAUCUCUGUUGGCUCGCCUGCGCCAUCUACGCGCGCGACUCUGCGCGGGUGUUUGACAUUGCGCGGUGGUUCCCGACGCACUACCAGUUCCACAACGAGCCGCUGCGCCUCAUUUCGUCGAUUGCCAACGGCCUCGGCUUUUACGGUGUGGAUGCAUUCGUGAGCGCGACCAACACCAAGCAGUACCAGCGGCGGAUGCGCACGCAGGAGGCCAUCGUGACUGGGCGCCCGGCCAAGGUCAAUCCCCGCACCGGACGCUGGACCACGGUCGGCGCCGAGGACGACGAGGCGGACGAGACAAUCGACGGCGACGAGCCGCGGCUUGGCAGUACGAAUGCCCAACAAGUGCCGACCAAGUCGUCGCCCAUCAGCGAAAUGUUCUACGGCUACCUCAUGCUGUGCGCUAGCAGCUAUCAGCCGGCGAUGGCACUCCAGCCCAACGAUCCCCUCUUGUGCCUCCUGUGCAGUGUCGCGUGCUUCAGCCGCGCGACGAACCGCCAGGUGGAUAACCGCAACCACACCAUCGUGCAAGGUCUCGCGAUCCUCACGCAGUACGCCGACCUGCGGCCGAACAGCGCCGAGGUCGAGUACAAUUUCGGGCGCGCGUACCACCAGCUCGGCCUGCUCCACCUCGCCGUGCCGCGCUACCAGCGCGUGCUCGAGAUGGCCGAGCAGCCCAACAAGGCCGCCGGCGGCUUUGGUAUGGCACGCGAGGCCGCCUUUAACCUCGCGCUGCUCUACGCCAGCGCCGGUUCUCCACAUCUCGCACAGGCGCUCUACCGGCGCUGGGCCGUGCUGCUGAUCGCGGCGCUCGCGCAGGCCGUGCUGGCCGAUAGCGAGACGUACACGUUGCUGCACCGUGCGCAAAAAGUACUGGAUAGUGGAAUGCAGACGUACUCGGCGUGGCAGCCGCGUGCGCUGAUUCGCGUGCCGACGACGGCGGCCGGCGGCGACGGUCUCCCUCUCCAGGAGGGCAUCACGACCGAGACCAACUUCCCUGACCCGGACACGGACGCGUACUACCAGCUGCUGGCAGUCAGGGGCGAUGCGCGGUCAUUUUCGCACGACGAGUGGCAGAAAAAGGUCGCGGAUCUCGACGGUUUCCUCGCGUUUGUGAAGCUCGAUAUUGUGCAGCUGCACCUGUCAAAGCGCCCGCUCGGGCCCGGCGAGGCGGGCACGCCGCCGCGUGUCGUUGGCCUGUCGUAUGCGAUCCAGCCCCAGGUCCCGUACGACGACAAUGCGUGCCCGGUGUUUGGCACCGGCGUAGCGACGCACCAUUCCGACACCUUUUCGACGUCGGUCGAGAUUAUGGUGCCCGAGACGCCCGAGGUCCCCCUCCGCCUGGCCGAAGAACCGAUCGACGAGACGACCGAAGAAGGCAAAGCCAAGGCCAAGGCCAAAAAGGCCGACGAGCCCUUUGAUCCGAUCGCGUUCGUCCGCAAGUACUGGCUGUAUAUCCUCCCGAUUGUCAUCCUAAUGGCGAUCCCUGUCGGCGAAGAGGUCGGUGAGCCCGCGCCACAGAGCGACCGCCCUGCACCGGGCCGCGUCGCGGCUGGGCCGGGCAAGGGCCCUGCGCGUGCGCCGCGCAAGUAG